UGCGGCGUCCGGGCGGAGUGAGGGAGAGAGGGAGGCUGGAUGUGGCGGCGCCUGCUGGGGACCAUGUCCGCGGAGGGGGCUCCCUGCCGCCGCCCGCGCCCGCCCAAGGACGCGCUGCGGCACCUGCGCUCCCGGGAGAAGCGCCUGGGGGCCCCGGGGGCCUUGGCCAAGGGCGGCGCCAGCACCGUCUUCGUCCAAGUGGCGGCCGCCGGGACCCGGGACGUAGGAGCCGCCGUCUACGUCUUCUCCGAGUACAACCGGUACCUUUUUAACUGUGGGGAAGGUGUGCAGCGCCUCAUGCAAGAGCACAAGUUGAAAGUGGCUCGCUUAGACAAUAUCUUCCUCACUAGAAUGAACUGGGCAAAUGUUGGUGGUCUGUCUGGAAUGAUUCUUACUUUAAAAGAAACAGGGGUUCCAAAGUGUGUGCUUUCUGGGCCUCCGCAGCUGCAAAAUUAUCUGGAGGCAAUCAAAGUAUUUUCUGGUCCAUUAAAAGGAAUUGACCUAGCUGUGCGACCUCAUUCUGACUCAGAAUAUCAAGAUGAAACAAUGACUGUCUAUCAGGUUCCCUUGGUGGGCAAAAAGCUGCAAGAUGAGCAAAGGCCACAUCUGAAUUCUCAACCGCCAGUCGGUGAUGUAGACCAAAAGCAUAUCAUGAUGCCAGGAUCUCUGCCUGCAGAGCAUCAGUCCCUAAAGGGUGACAGGAGUAGGGAGUCCCCUGAGAAAACAGAUGGUAGGUGGCAGGUUGGUCAGAGGGAUCCAUCUCUUGUUGUUGCAUUUAUUUGUAAGCUUCAUCCAAAGAAAGGGACCUUUUUGGUGCUCAAAGCAAAGGCGCUUGGCUUGCCUGUUGGCACUGCAGCAAUUGCUCCCAUCAUUGCAGCUGUGAAGGAUGGGAAGAACAUCACGUUUGAAGGCAAAGAGAUCCUUGCUGAAGAAAUAUGCACCCCCACAGACCCUGGUGCAGUCUUCAUCAUAGUGGAAUGCCCUCACGAAGGUUUUAUAGAUGCCGUCUGUGAAAAUGACACACUGAAAGGGUAUCAAGAAGGAAAACAGGAGAAUCCUGUGGCUUUAGUGAUUCAUAUAACACCUGAACCGAUUCUGAGGGACAGUCGAUAUAAACAAUGGCUAGAAAGAUUUGGAUCCACUACUCAGCACUUGAUACUCAAUGAAAAUUGCAAAUCAGUACAUCAUCUCCGAAGCCACAAAAUUCAAACCCAGCUCAACCUUAUCCAUUCAGAGAUCUUUCCAUUGCUCACCAACUACCAAAGCAAGGAAGAAGAAGCCACGUUCAAUGUGCCGGUUACGCGAGGAGAGUGCCUCCUCAAAUACCAACUGAGACCCAAAGCAGAAUGGCAGAGGGAGGCUGUUGCAGUUUGUAAUCCUGCUGAAUUUGUAGCUGAAGCUUUGGAGUUGCCUGACUUCCAGGAUUCUGUGCAGAAGUGCAAAGAGAGCUUACCUGCCAGGUUGACUGUGUCAGAAAACACAGAUUGCUACCCAGAAGUUAUAUUCUUGGGAACUGGCUCUGCAAUCCCAAUGAAAAUCCGGAAUGUUAGCUCCACUCUGAUAAACAUUAGUGCUACUCAGUCUCUGCUUCUGGAUUGUGGAGAAGGAACAUUUGGCCAGCUUUGCCGCCAUUAUGGAGAUGAAAUUGACAAAGUGCUGUGUAACAUUGCAGCAGUGUUUGUGUCUCAUAUACAUGCUGAUCAUCACACGGGCUUGUUGAAUAUCUUGUUGCAGAGACAUCGUGCAUUUAUGACGCUGGGCCAGUCCCCUAGCCCACUGUUGUUGGUAGCGCCCACACAGCUCAUGACGUGGCUGCAUCAAUACCAUGACCAUUGCCAAGAAAUCCUGGGACACAUCAACAUGAUUCCUGCCCGGUUUUUAAUAGAAGGGUGUGAUGUCUUUAAACCUAAAGCAAAAGCAUUCAUUGCCUCGCUUUUGGAGAAGUAUGACUUUGCAAAGUUUCAGACAUGUCUAGUCCGACACUGCAAGAAUGCUUUCGCUUGUUCCAUGGUCCACAAGUCUGGGUGGAAAAUAGUCUACUCUGGCGACACCAUGCCCUGCGAGGCUUUAGUUGAAAUGGGAAGGAAUGCUUCCUUGUUGAUUCACGAAGCCACAUUGGAGGAUGGUUUGGAAGAGGAAGCUAUAGAGAAGACACAUAGCACUACCUCCCAGGCAAUUGGGGUUGGAAUGAAGAUGAAUGCAGAAUUCAUCAUGCUCAAUCACUUCAGCCAGCGUUAUGCUAAAAUCCCUCUUUUCAGUGAGGAUUUCAGUGAGAAGGUUGGAAUUGCAUUUGAUCACAUGCAGGUGCGCUUCUGUGAUUCUGCUGCUAUUCCAAAAUUGAUCCUGCCUUUGAAAGCCUUGUUUGCGGAUGAGAUCGAAGAGAUGGAAGAGCGCAGAGAGAGACGAGAGCUGCGCCUUUUCCAAGAGGCAAUGAAAAUGUCUGAGGCCCGGACAGUUGAUGGGAAAAAGGCACCCAUGAAAACGAAAUCGGAGCACACAGAGGAUUCUCAUGCAGCACCAAACAAAAAACUGAAAACGACAAAUUGAGCAAUGCAGCAGCAGAGAACUGCCUUUGUGCCUUUCUACCUGGUUGAGUGACAUGCAUGAAACGUGAUCCUAGGAGGGAUCUGCUCAUACGAGCCGGUCAAGCUGUUUACUCCCUGGAAAAAUGGUUUCUUCUACAAAUGAAGUUCUUGCAGGAAACAUUGUCCACAUUACUAACAAAGUGUGAUUCCGGACUACAAUACCUAGAAACAUGCUUGAACCUGGUAGCUCAUCUAGCAGUUUACAGGACAUACUUAAUGUUUUCCCCCUUUACAAAGUCUCAGAGAAGCGAUUGUAAAAAGUAUUAUAUAAACAUAAGGUGAUCGGUUCACUGUAACAAAGCAAUAGGCUCUCUGUGAUUAGGAAUGCUGUUCCUUAUUUUGCAAUUCACUAAAUAUCAGAUGGAAUGGAUAUGUCUCAUAGAAGAGGAUGUGUUGUGUUAUAACUAUGCAUGCCUCAAGAAGCAAUAUUGGAUCUAUGAGAUCAGUUUUAAAAUAUUCUUCCCUUAGUGCUUACAGCAUAAUGCUGCCUUCUUAAUUCACAACAAAGCAUACUAUCUCUCCAUUGUAUUAUCCUGGUAUGUAUACUGACUCCCUAUUAGCUGCAGCUAGCAAGAACAGGGAUGGUGGAAGGGAUCAUCCAAGGCUGUUUUUAUCAUGCAAUUGCCCUGCCUCAUUCAUGGAGACUUUUGGAAGAAGGCAAAUUGGGGAGGGGGGGGGGAGCAUUCCAGUGUUUUCCUGACGCUGCUUCUUCUUGACUAGCUCUGUCUCUCCCCCAUUGUUUAGAAAAGGAAGAUAAAUUAGGUACAUAAGGCUUUUUUAUUGCUAGAUCUACCUGUCUGGAGAAGCAGCCCCAACACAACCUGAAUGCCCACAGGGUUUCUGAUCCCGCAUUGUCCUUUCACUUACGUUGGGUUGGUUCAGCAUUUUAAUGAGACAAACCUCUUUAAUAAUCCUCAGAAUUUGCAAACAAAUGGAGGCAGGCACUUGGGUAUCUGGAAAAGAGGACAAAGGUAAACUUGAAGAUUGCCAUAAAGGGGAUUCAGUGAAAGAAGAUAUAUGGGUAGUUGUAUAAGACCUGUGAACCAAUUUAGGGUUUUUAAAGGGUGGACCAUAAAGAAAUAGUCAAAAUUGUGACAUUCUUACUAAUGCAAGUUCAUAAAGAAUUGUGUUGGGAAGAAA